AUGUUUAAAGUGGUGGCAUUGGUUGUUAUUGUCGCUGUGGCCUGCAGUGCCGCCCCUGGUGCGAAGGAAGAUGAUGGAAAACUAGAGCUUUUCUCAGGCGUUGCUAUUGAAAAAGAUCCUUCAGGAGAAGAGAGGCUGAAUGUGAAGUUUGAACCGGGGGAACUGAGGGACGCGGCCAGGACAUUCGAAGAAGCUCGAGGCAAGAUUAAGAAGUACACUCCUCUCCUAGCCGGUAUUGGUGUUAAAGUGGUAGCAAUAGCAGCUCUUCUCUUCGGUGGUCUGACGCUGCUGGUAACCAAGGCCCUGGUGGUAGCCAAGCUGGCUUUCAUAGCUGCGACGGCUCUGGGUAUCCAAAAACUAUUGAGCAGUGGAAGCCUUAAUGGAAUCAGUGGGAAGAUUGCCAGCUUCCAAUCCACCCCGCAACAGUGGUCGUCACCAACAGCAUCUGCUGGGACGUAUCCCUACGCGAGAUCUUCAAGCAUCGCCCAAGACGGUAACGACUUGGCGUAUAAGGGACAGAUUCCUUCAUAA